CACACUCGCGUUAGCUUGUUCGUACAUCACACAACGUUUUAGACGGGUUUCCAUUGCAUGAAAACGGUAUCGCCGAUGCAAAUUCUAAGAACACGAAAAGUCUACCAACAAAACCUAGCCAUUUUUGCGACCAUAAACAAAAGGCCAAGCAAGAAGCAGAGUGUAAACGGAGGGCACGGGCGUGCAACCAAACAUAAACACAGAUAGAAAUAAAACAAAUUACGGGUAUUUUGGCAGCGGGCGCGUUUAAUUCGAGCAGCUGUACUAAUUUAUGAAAAGGUGCAUGGAUAAAAAUUUAGCAGAGCCAAACAAAGGGCUAUAUUGAAGUUUCACAAAAAUACAUACAUACAUACAUAUAUGUAAAUUGCAUGUGUAUGCAUGCGUAUAUGUAAAUCGAGGAGCUUUGGUGCGGUUAUAGCGAAAGUAGUGUUUCAAAAAAAGUCGCUUAGCGUCUGGUGUGUCUGCUUUUGCGAAAUUUUGCAAAAUUUACCACAGUCGACGCACACGUUGCUACAUACAUACAUACAUACAGUGGCGUUAAACAAGUUUUGGCGAAAAAGUGCAAAACGGAAAGAAUUUGCUUUUGUUGCAAACGGAUCGUGAGGCCGAAAAGUGUAAGCCAAAAUUGUGGUGUAAUUCCGUGUUUAAAAAUAGUCAUUCAGCAAUAAAUCGCUUGGUGUGUCAGCGUGCUACGGCCAAACACAACAGAAGCAACACAAAGGAAAAGCAUACAAAGUUUUGAAGAAAGAAAAUAAAAAUAAAAAAAAUUCAGGAAGUGCAAAAAAUACAGCAAUAAAAGCGAAAAUAAAUUUUGCGGCAGAGCGUUGCAUGCAGCAAACGUCGUUCAAAUAACGCUACAUACUGCAGUUACAACAACAACAGAUUUUAAUUAUUAAAUUACACAGCUGAAGCUUAGCUACCAUGGCGCCCACAAUCUGUUCUGAGAAAAAGCCGCGCCAAAUACGCGCAAAUCUCAAGGAAAUACGCCGCCAGCCAAAUACCACAGCCAACGCAUUAUUGUCAACGCUAACGACGCCCGGCAACGCUGCGACAAAUGGCAGUGGCACAUCUAGCAUUAUAAAUUACGUGGCAGGCGGACGCACCUCAUCCACACUGCGCAUACGUGGCCCAAGCGACGACAGUGCAGCCGACAAAUCCUACACAGAACUCGUUCGCGGUGAACGGUUGCAUAUUAUGGAGGACGAAGAGGAUGAACACGAAUUAUCCGAGAACUUUGUCUCUUCAUCCACGAUGGGACCGGAAUUGGUGCGCGCAAUAAUCGACGAACAUAUGGAGCUGGACAAUGACACACUCGAUGAAGAAGACUGCGAAGUACAUUCCAUAACAAGUGGGGCGCGCUAUCACAAUGACAUUGCCGCCACCACCAGCAACAGCAAUAACAACAAUCAUGGCAGCCAAGCACGACAAAUGUUGCAUUGCACCGUUAAAACAGUAUUUCCAGCACCAGCGCUGAGCGACAAACAAUUGCUGGCAACACACACAACGAAUUUGAGCGCCAACAACUGCAACAACAACAGUCACAAGCGUCUUUACGGCAGCGAUGAAGAGGACACCGACUCCGACACAUAUUCCAGCAUGUGUGAGAUCAAGAAAACCGAAGGUCUGCUAUCGAUAGCGUUGAAGACGAUCAAAUUGGUGAAACGAAAUCAAUUGUUGCAACGACGUCUGGCGCAGCUGCAGGUCGAGACAUCGGAGUUCAUACAAUCGGUAAUGGCAAAUCCGGAGAACCGACACAUUCGCAGUAAUAUGAAUUCGCCGGCAACAACAAUAUCGUCAACACCGUCAUCACCUUCAAUGCCUUCGCCGUCAACCGAAUCAUCGCUAACACCGUUACAAUCGCCAACAACAACAACAACAACAACAAUGCAGCAGAGUCAAAACGCGGCGGAGGCCUAAAAUGUUGUCUGCACUGGAGAUAGCCUAAGCGUAGUUUUAUUGUAGCGAGCAGCAUGUUGCUGACGCUUGGCCACAUGUUGCACACACACUAAAAUGUUGCUUGGACUGGAGAUAGCCUAAGCGUAGUUUUAUUGUAGCGAGCAGCAUGUUGCUGACGCUUGGCCACAUGUUGCACACAUACUAAAAUGUUGCGAAGCACAAUUCAACCAACAUUUACACAUAUACUUAUGCAUAGGUAUGCACACACACAUACGCAUAUAUGUAUACAAGUACAUCAUUUGAGUGCUUUGCUUUUGCGCGGCGUGUUUUUGUUUUUGGGUUUUCUUUUGUUGGCAGCCAAUCAAGCUGCUUGCAAUGCAUACUUGCAGGCGUACCUCAAUUCUAUUUCAAAAUGUGAUAAAUCAGCAAAAACAAUGCAAGCACACCGCAGCGCAGCCGCAUUUUAUAAAUUCUAUAUAAAGAAAUCAAAUCAUAUACACGCAUAGACAUACACAUAGACAUACAUAAUAUGUUAAUAUAUAAUAUAAAA